GGCUUUAUGGUAACUUUGACGCGCAAAGCUGACAGGUACGAUCACGAAAUGUUAUGAGCUUAAAGUAAAAAAAACCUCAAAUAUUAGGUGUAAUGAGAAAUUCGAUGAGGUAGACCGGUAGUAGCAUGCGAUGCCGAAGUGUGGGGACACGUAUUGCAAGGAUGGCGCCAUAUACGAGCGGUGUGGGCAGUGUAUUACGCAGGAGGGGGUGACGGAGGAUUUCCACCCCGUUCGCACCCUGCCUGAGGAAGUCACUUGGGACUGCCCCGGGCCAUGUGUACCACAGCGAUGGAGUCUAUACUACUGCACGACAGUCCUCUUAGAGAAGUCUUUACAACUAUACCGUUUCCUUACGGAGACAAUAUACGGUGACUCCUACAACUGGAGCUUGGUGAAAAGCAUCGGUCUCUUCGCCUUCGGCAUCAGAAUGAUACUCAACAUCAGCAAAAGCAUACAAGAAGAAUGUGACAAGAAGAAAAAGUGCCAAGAAAUGAAGAAACGGUUCCCAAAACACAUGAAAUAAAUCUUUCUAAACAUAUAAAUUACAUGUAUUUUAAUAAACAUUUACUUUAGCAUUAGAUGGAUAUUAUUUA